CUCUGUCAGCCGCUUAGCCCCGCCCACUCAGCCAAGCGCGAUCGCUCCAUAUAAACCCAGUGCUGUGUGGGCAUCGAUUGCAGAAGCUGAAGCUCUAAGCGCAGCCGGUUCCUGGCAGCCAAUCGUGUGCGAGUGACGUCACUGCCCGCCGCCACCGCCCCGCGUAUAAAAGGCCAUGGUCAUCGCUUUCCUCCUCGCUUUACACAGUAUGGCCGGCGAUAUUAGCUAGCGCUCGCUCUACCGCUUUCUCUGUAACAGGGGAAUAAAACGGGAUAACAAGAGACUGUACCGGAGAACGUCACUGCCCAUCAAUAUAACACACAGGAACACCCUAACAAUCUAACCGACUCCAAGCUCAUCAUCCCAAGCCAUCCAACACCACCCGCCCCGGGCCACGGACACUGCUUAAAGAAUAUUCCGGAGCUAGUCAAGAAGCUCACGCUUGUUUAUUAGUUUCUUUGUAAUAUUAUAAAAGGCUCAGGAGUCAUAGUAACAGUAAGAGUAAGCUGAGCGGCCGAGGGCACUCCGCCUCACCAGAUCACUAGAGGCUAUUCUCCGUUUCUGUAAAUCUCGUUUCUGCGCUGUCGGUGGGUGUCGCCGCCCCCGGGGCCCGGAUCAUGGAGGAGAGCUCCGCGCACUUCUUUGAGGGGACGGAGAAGCUGCUGGAGGUUUGGUUCAGCCAGCAGGAUGAGAGCAAAGGGUCCGGAGAUCUCCGGGACAUCCCAAGGUGAGAACCUGUGAGCUGGAGACAUGUGGGGGGUGGGUGUCAGGGCCACUCUCCUCGUAAUGAGUACUGGCUAGGGAGAGGGCUGACAGGGCCACCAUAUGGGAAUUCAGUAUGCUCACCAUGUGGAGGAGGGGGAGGCAUGGUUACCAUGUUGGUAUGGCCUCCAUGUGCUGUUACAGCCUGGAAAGCAGCACUGUCAUGGUCACCAUGUUUGCUCUUAAAGUACAUUUCUUUACAAUGAAUGAAUGGAGACAGCUGCACCCAGAUCUCUAGAUACAAACCAUUGGGUGGCUGAGUCGAGAUUAGUUUUUAGGGCGAGUCUCAAUGUCACUAGGUAGCGAUAAUAGUGUUUGCAGUGCUGAUUGCUUAGUUGGAUCAUUUAGUACCAGAUCUGUCCUAGAUAUCAUGUGUUAGGAAUCUCUGUAUCCUAGAAUGUUAUAACUUGGUUAACUUGUCUGUGUUCUGGAACGUUCAAUCGUCUGACAUUGAAAAAGGUCUCUGAAUUACCAGUGUAUGUGUCUAAUCCGAUAUGUAGCUAGCGGUGUGUCAAGCAUUUCUCAGGCAGGGAGUAGGAAGGGCAGACAUGCUGCAGUACCCAGGGUUGUCCAUGUGCUGAUUCUGUGGGGGGGAGGGGAAGGGUUGCAGCUGCCAGGUCUUGAAACCCCUGCUGGCGGGGAGCAUGAGGAAGCUUGCAGACAGGAUCUUCCAUUUUGUUUCUGCUGUUCUCAGUAUUUCCAAUGUGCUUCAGACUGACUUGGAGAAUCUCUAUGCGAGUAAAACCUGUCCCAUUCUGAUCACGUUAACUAGAUUAAUCACAAUGAGCAUCCUUAGGUGCCUUCCAUAUUCAGUUACCUAUGAUGCAUUCUAAUUCCCUCCCUAACCAUUCUGUGUUAGAUCAUGUAAAACCUAUAGAUCUAGCGUUACCUCCCUGUCAUUCCAAUAUCCUAAUGAUCUCCUGGUGGAAUACAUUGUCUAAUAACUAAUAUUGCUCUAUGUGAAUUGUAAUAUCAUUAUAGCAUUAUGGGUGAUACAGCUGCACAGGAUCCUCUUUUAUUGAGGUUCAACACGUGCCAUUUUCAGGCACCAAUUCUUGCAAAUCCUAUAAAUCUGAGGAGGGGAGGGUGGGGCUGCAGUAGCCUUGCCAGAGCCAUUUCAGGGUCACUGCCUGUGCCGAUUUGCACACGUUGCCAAAUGGCUCUCCUGUGAUUGCCCAUAUAAGGGGAGUCUCCUAGGUAGCCUGAGCCUUUUGUAACUGGCUUCUACAAGCCCUCUGAUGUGAUGGGGGUUUGACUUGCACUCAAUAUGGUUUCUUCAAAUUUACUGUCAUUUUUGCUAGUUUUUAAAAGGAGUAGUAAGAGUUGAUUAAAGUUUAAGGUGUUGCAUUAAAACCCAAUGCUAUGAGCUGAUGCUGAUGGAGGAUUCCCUCCCACCUGUGUCGCAGUGCUGCUGGCAGUUCGGGAGAGAGUCUCUGCUGUAAUGGGUUAUUGAUUUCACGCCCUAUAGCGUUAAAAUCCUUUUUGCUGCAUAUAACACUUGUGGAUUUGCAGCUAGAAAUGUCUGCAAACCAGAUUUUUAAAAAACUGCUCACCAUAGUAAUCAUUCAAAGAUGGUGUCAACGAGAAUUGUGGAUAAAAUCAUGGUUGGGUACAUGUUUUAUAUUUUAUAGGGUAUUAAAUCAAUACAGGCUUAUUCACAGGACUUAGAAUUACAAAUGACUUGAUAGUUGAGAGAAUUUUUCUUAUUUCUCCACAAUUUCUUGUUUGUGAAUCUUCAGAAAACCACCCAAUUUGCAUAAUUCUUAUGGAUGCUAACAUUAGUGAAUUGCUUCUUUUAAUACUUGUGUUGAUGGGCAGUUCUCCCUGUGAUAGAAUAAUCUGUGAAAACUAUAUAUAAUCAUUGGACAUCUUUGACCUUCCAAGAUUAUUUCCGUUAAAUGUUUUUUUUUUUGGCAAUUGAAGUCUAGCAAGGUGUUGGAUGGUCUCAUAAAAUAUAUUUUUUGCUGUACAAUUACAUGAUUUCUAUUUUAUUUUUUCCUUUGUCAUGCGCUGUUUUUAGGAAGGAGGGGUAGGAGCUCAAUUUCUUCCAGUGUCUGCUGCUGCAGUUACACGUGAGGCUGAGUGCCUAGCUCUGCCCCCUCAAGUAUGUCAAAGCAUUCAGUAGCCAAUGAGCAGGGAGUGGGAGUCCACUAAUCUAUGGAAUGUGCCUCUGCAAAUUCCCUGUAGUUCAUAUUUAACUAUUUGCGGCACAGUGGGAUCAUUUAUCCAAUCAAGCUCUGGAUGUUGUGGAGUUCUUGGUCUAUUAAGGCAAUCCUAAUGGGAGAGAAUAGCAAACAGCCUAUAUUUCAGGCAAUUUAUAUGUAUUCAUUCUUAAAUGCACAAUUGGCCCAAGUUACUGAAUCCAUGCGUGUUACUGAUGAGUUCUAAUAUACUGCAUUGCCCUCUGUGUGUAGUACAAUGCAGUCAUAAAGGUGCCAUGGUACUACCAAGCCUUCUGGGCAUCACCACCUAUAAAACAUAGGCUGUUCAGUUCUCCAGAUAAGUUUUUCAUAUUAGAUUAAAUUCAUUAAAACAUCUAAUAAAAAAAUAAUUUCUAUCAUUUGGAGAGAAAAAGGUGAUUUUUCAGCCAAGGGCAUUCUGAAUUCUCAUUUUGGUGCAUCCCUAGUAGAUUCACAGUUCAUAAGAUUAAUAUCUUGAAUUUCCCUAAAUAAAGAAAAGGCCUAGCAGACUAAACAUAAGCUGGUCAGUUGUCGACUCUUAACAGUGAUGCACUAUAAACAUACAUUGAGUAUUGUGACUGAAUUAUUCACCUCUUGACUAAACAGUAGUUUGUGCCUCCUGGAAAACUGAGUUAUGACUUGCUUGCCAUGCCUAUCAUAAAGUGGCAAUGUCUGAUUUUAUAAGUAGUUUCCUUUAUAGCUUCAUGUCAGUAGGCUUUCGUGCCCUGCCGUGCACAGGGCUAAUUCCUGAUAUCAAGGGGCAUGUCGGUUAUUGUUAUGUGACAACUAUAACAAGCCGCAACUGUCUGUGCAGAAACAUGAAAAAAUGUAUGGACUAUAUUUUACUAUCAAGUCUGUAUCCAGUUUUACUUAAGCCUGCUUAGGGGGUUUGUUAAACAUUCAGCGUUAGGAUUGCCUGCUUGCACUAAGGCAACUCUGCAGCAGUUUGUUAUUGUAGUUUGCGCAAACCACUGACUUUACUGGAUUCUAGAGAUACUCUUAACAGGGCUGUCAUCAUAACAGCCAUAGCCUUAAUCUAGACUUCAUAUACAUCCUGCCAGCAGAUAGAUUUGCUGAUAUUGCAAAGUAGUCAACUGCCAAAGAUAAAGUAUUUGUGCAAACGAUGAUUUUUUAUUUUUUUUGUGCACACAUGCACUUAACAAAAAUCUCUAUGGAUAGAAAACAGUGUCGGCGUUGGUCAUUAACGAAGAGCUUGAACAAUUUUUUUUAUUUUUUUUCUUCUAUUCAUAUUGGACGAAUGAAAUGCUAAGUAGCCUGGAUUUUAAACCGAUGCUCUAUUUGGUUCUCAAAGGUGACUUUUUUACCCUCCCCAGAACUAAUUGCACAAUAGUCUUAUUGGCUGUCGAGCUUCUCCUGUCCAAUUUGAGUCAUGUCUAAAUCAGGCCUUGUCAAACAAUGUGUAGAACUCUGCAUAUAGUGGGAACUGAAAAGAUGUGUUCCAUUUUAGUAGGCGUCUGUGUAUGUUUAUGUAUCCUAAAGAUAUUAAGUAAAAUAUUUCUAAAUGCACGUAUACUUCAUUCUGUUUUAACAUACAAAAUGUACAUGUGAUGUAGAUUUUAAAUGUUCUGGGGGUGUUUUUUUUUGUUUUUUUUUCCAUGACAAAAUAUUUGUAUUUUUCUUCAUUGGGGUAGUGGAAAUCAUUGGCAUUCAUGUGCAUUUUAGUUUUUAUAGUCUUAACAUCUUUAUAUUUAUCAUUACAUCACAUAACAUUUUUUCCCUCCUAAUCUUACUACACAAAAUCAUAAAUGAGGCUGUCAAUUAUAUCUUAAAGAAACACAAUAGUCACUAGAACCAGUGCAUCCUAAUGUAGUGGUUCUGGUGUCUAUUGCAUGUCCCUCAAGUGAUGGCACUGUAAACACCUCUAGUGAGUCCCUCAGAUGUCCACUAGAAUGCUUCCUAUGUGUGCAGAUGUUGAGCAUCUCCAUGCUCUGCAUAAUGAGAUGCUGAAUGCUCUCAUUGAAAUGCAAAUUGGCACAAUUUUUUUGCAGCACCUGCACAAUAGCAAAAUAAGAAAGCAUUGGGAGGCUAGGUGAGACCAACUCUGGGCGGGAGAAGAGGCAAGUUUAAUCACCUUAUUUCUCCACUCUUAUGGGUCAAUUUCUCAUCUAUCUCUUGUUCGUGUCAAGUUUUGAAAUAACGCAGCUCAGUUUUAACCCCUUCAGUGCCAAGGGAGAGGUGCCCUGAGUGUGGGGGGACCUAAGGAUGCUAGUGUCAGGAAAACUAGCUUGUUUUCCUGACACUAUAGUGAUCCUUUUGAAUAGAAAAAUCUCUAAAAAUAAGCAUCUUAUUAAGAGAUCUGACUUAAAAUCAAUUAAGCAUCCUUUAGGAGCUACUGUUUUAAUACAGAACUAGUGCUGAGAUCUGUUAUCAAACAAAUGCUUAUUCUUUAGGAUGUGUAAUCUUGUUAUAUGGUGUUUUGGUAUGUUAAAUUGAUUUGAUUCGGCAAUUGGGGUUUGACACAACACAGUUUAUGAAGUACUUGUAAUGGGAUAAUUCAAUUUCUUCAGCAUCGUAGUGAAAAUCACUUGGCCUAAAAUGUCAUGGUGUAUGAAAUUAAAUUAACCUGUACUAGUGCCUCUGUUUCUAUUUUAACAUAUUUGUAUUGGUAGUAUAAUGACGCUAAAGUUGAAGAUGUGCAUUUCCUCCAGUGACCAGUUGUGGUACAGAAUUUUGAGAUGUUUAAAGACCGGAAUCUGUUCCCUAAACAUAAAGCUCUGAGGACAGACCUAUAGUGGUAAAAUAAAGCUGGGAAGCUAUGAAAGCCUGCACAUACUUGGUGACUUGUGUUAAACCACAUAUAUUAAAACACAUUCUUGUGGGAUGGUGCAGCCAUCAAGUCUUUGCAAAGGAUACCAGUUCCAGUGAUUGCUCUGCUACUAAACCUAGUUCCGUUGGAUAUAGCAGUUUUUGUCUUUUAUGUAGAGGUGUUAAAUGGUUUACAUUUAUGUAACGUUUAGAUGCAUUUGUGCUAUAUGGCUAUUUCCACUGACCUCUGUUCACUUCCUUUCAGGUUUGAGUGGGACAAACUUUUGGAGAAUGUGCAUUGUUUGAUCAUCAGUGUGACGAAAACUGACAAGCAGGAAGCUUAUGUACUCAGGUAUGUUGUGUUUCACAUUAAAGACACUGGCUAUAUACUAUUAGCGCAUGUUAUGUAGUAUGUAAUGUACAAUUAUGUUGAGAUUCAGUUUUAAUCUUCAUUAAUGAUGGCACUUUUUGUAAAGGGAAGUUUCCAAUAGUUAUUUUGGCCUAAUUUUUGCAAUUCAACUUACUGAAUGCAAUCAGUCACAUUCCAGCAGCCCGCAGGAUCUUCCAUCUUGCCAAGUCAGGCAUGUGGACUAAAGAGAUUCAACCUCUAAUGUGCAAGCACUACUCUUAAUUUUAAAUAAAACUGCUCCAUGUUCCUCACAAAGGAAGGCAGCCUACAUUAUACUGGCCUAACAAAGAAUAUUACAAUUAAAUAUCAGAAAUUCUAAGGAUUAGAGCUACCUGUUAGAGGAAUUGAAGCCUAUAAAUGUUUACAUUCCGUUUUUCUAGCUAGUAUAUCAUUUUAAAAAAAAAAUUCUUAUAACUCAGUGACAACAAUGUUGGACUUCUUGAUUUGUGUUUUGGAAUCCUAGAAGCAGGCGAUUGCUAGGAAACAGAUAGCACAUGCAUAUUGUUUUUAUAGAUAGUCAUAUACAAUCGGUUAAAGGGAAAAUGUCAGUAGCAUUGAGUGAGUUUAACUUUUAUGCAGUGUGUUAAGGAGGCCCCAGAGAGCUCCUGGAAAGGUCUUCAUAUCUUCAGCUGCUACAGCGUGGUUAUCAAGAUGCUCAACCAGCUUCCAGCUACAAGGGCCCAGGGGGAAAAACUCUCGGAAGGGAUAAGGGUCCCUUCAAAUAGGGAUUUUCAUUGUGCUCAGUGAUGGGCUGAAGUGGUACAGGUAAACUCGCCAAAGCAGCUGGAAAACAAAGUAAAGUGCAUGGGGGAUGGGAUAUGGGUAAGAUAAAGGGAAACUGCAUUUAACACUGAUAUAUUACACAUUGAAUAAGAAUAGUUAACAUGAUCAGUAGUGGGUUUUUGCGUUUUUAUUCUAAAUGCAUUUUUUAAGUUGGAGGUACCAGCAGUUGUGUAUUUUAACUUGGAUACAUAGUUAUUUGAAUAAAAUUCCCAAAAACUUUUUUUAUAAUGUGCCAGUUUUUUUUUGUUUUUUUUUAUAUUGGGGUCCUAACAUUCUUACUGACAUUAUUUUUCUCUACACAGUGAGAGUAGCAUGUUUGUCUCCAAGAGACGUUUCAUUUUGAAGACAUGUGGUACCACCCUCUUACUGCAAGCACUGGUUCCCUUGUUAGAGCUCGCUAGGGAGUACUGCGGUUUUGACGACAUUCAGGUACUUUUUUUUUUUACUUUUUUGUGUGUUGGUAAUAAGGGUUGGUAAAACUUGGCAAGUUUAAAAAAAACCCUAAUCUUUAGCGUGGGGUAUCCUUUUAGUCACUGAAAGCAAAUUUGACCCUUUAAUGCUACCGUAAAGGUGUAUUGACUUUUUUUUUUUUUUUUUUCUCCCCUCCCAUUCAGAACUUCUUUUAUUCACGUAAAAACUUCAUGAAACCAGACCAUCAAGAGUACCCACACAGAAAUUUCCAGGAAGAAGUUGAGUUCCUAAAUGAAAUUUUCUCAAGUAAGUUGGCACAGUUUUAUUUUUAUUUUUUCCUUUAAAUGUAGGUCUGUCAUCCACACCUUGACUUGUGUCCACUUCACGUAGGUACACAAACUUAAUGUAGUCUAUGCUAAUGACCACAUGCAGAUUAAGAUAUCCACACAUUGAGUUUAGCUUUGCCACUUUUGAGAUUGCUACACUGAGAGCAAGAGUGCACUUAAUGCUUAGGACAGUCUUAUUUUAAUUUUUAAUAUUCUCUAAAGUGUAAUCUUUUUCUGUAACCUGUUCAUUUUUGCAACCUAGGCUAUAUCUUAUUCUCUAAAGCCAUAUAGUGUCAUCAUGAGACAAGGGAGUAAAGGAUUUUAUAUUUGCAAGUCAAGUGAUUGUGUCUUCCCCUUGCAGUAUCACAUUAACCCUGAACAUAUACAUCUAACGGGAAUUAAUUUUUAUUUUUUAUUUUUUUUAGAUGGGGCAGCUUAUUGCAUGGGACGCAUGAAUUCUGAUUGCUGGUGAGUUAUUCUUUCAGUUUUGUCUUAAUUCCACAGUGCCGGUUCUGCAGACCACUGCAGUCUGUCAACAAAAUUAAUUACUUUACACAAGAAAUUAAACUAUGAAUUGGCAAAUGGCCUACGCAGUUCCUGCUUAAACAAACUUAGUCUGUAGACUUCUUGCUAUAACUGACACUGAGUGUCAUAACUUAUCUUAAAUGUCCUUUGUUUAACAACGUGUCUGUACAAAUCUAAUACAUGCACAAAUGAUCUCUAUUAUAGAGCUGCUUUAAUAAGCAUAGUGUGGUCUACUUAAAGCUGACUGUGCAAGCUUAUGCAAUGAGCCAGAUGGUCACCUCCUUUGAAAGGGGAGUGGGUGAAGUUAUCAGAUAACUAGCAGACCUUCUGCAGUAUAUAUGGUGACAGGUGUCUUAACAAACACCUUAUACUGUAUUGGAUUUCCCAUUUCUAGGUACUUGUACACCCUUGAUGUUCCAGAUGGAUUUUUAAUCAAUCAACCAGAUCAGACACUGGAAAUUCUGAUGAGUGAGCUUAACACAGAAGUAAUGGACCAGUUCUACAUGAAAGAUGGUGUUACUGCAAAUGAUGUCACUCGUGUAAGUUUAAAAAUUGCUUCUGUUUGUAUAAAAUUCUACAUACUUAAGUGUAGGAUCACUCCUAAAUAGUUGGUUUAGCUUUUUAGAACCAUAGGUAGAAAUGCAACAUGUUAACAUCUUGGCGUGUUUGUGAUUGGUUUUUGGAGGGGGGGUUUAUUGGGUUGAUUUUCUGAUUUUGAGGUAUUAACUGUCAGUUCAAAAGAAAAAUACAUUUUUAUUUUUCUCUUUAGGUGAGUGGAAUUCGUGACCUGAUACCAGGUUCUGUCAUUGAUGCUACAAUGUUCAGUCCUUGUGGCUAUUCAAUGAAUGGGAUGAAAUCAGAUGUAAGUUAAAAUUCCACAAAUGCUCAUAAAACAUGUUGUGGUUCAUCGAUUUAACUCUAUAUAACAAGUGCCUGAAGAUUUGUUGUGGUGACAGGUGGAUCCACUUUCCUUUUGAAUGGCUUUGUAGAAGGUCUGAUCUUAUGUUCUGAAUGUGUAUGGUUAAGCAAUACAGUCCUAACUUCCCUAUUCAUUCAGUCUCCUUGAUUUGUAAAUAUUCAUGUAUAGAUUGCUUUUUAUUUUUUUUUUUUUUUAAUCUGAAUAUAGGGUAGGUCUCUUAUUUCUCAAACCAAAAGUGCAUUUGUACUAAACACUAUCCUUUAGCAGUCCUGUAUUCCUAGAGCAUGGUUGAGGGCACCCAUUUUCUACAUUAGAAUUUGCUGAUAUUCUGUGCCUUACUUUAAUUUGUUUUAUGCAGGGAACUUACUGGACAAUUCACAUCACCCCAGAGCCAGAAUUUUCAUAUGUUAGUUUUGAAACUAACGUAUCGCUAACAAGUUAUGAUGAUCUGAUUAGUAAAGUCGUGGAUGUUUUCAAGCCAAGAAAAUUUGUGACAACACUCUUUGUUAAUCAGGUACUGUUCAUGCUUAAAUUUUGGAGUUUGCAUAGUGAUGCUUGUACUUCAGGGUUUAUCUUGACAUCCUUUUUGUUUAUAUUUUCAGAGCUCCAAAUGCCGUGCAGCAUUUAGCUGUGCACAGAAGAUCGAAGGCUUUAAGCGUCUUGACCGCCAGUUUGCUCAGUUCAACGAUUACAAUUUCGUUUUCACCAGUUUUGCCAAGAUAGAGUCGCAGCAAAGUUGAUUAGAAAAAAUGAAGAAGAAAAAGCGUAAAAAGAAAACCAAUGGAAGAGGUGGUGGGUCCUUUCUAGCUAAUGAUUCCAGGGGCCAUGCUUUACACAUCCAUCACCUAGUAGUUGCAAGAAGCCCUGAGUAUAAUCCUAGUAAAAGUUUGAAUUGUAUUCACUAUUUUAUCAAGGAGUUAGAUAACUUGCAUGAAUGCUCUCUCCUGUGUGUUGGUAUUCUAUGCCACUCUUGCUGUGAAAUUGAAGUGCAUGUAGAUAAUCUAAACACAUACUGUAACAAAGUCUUCAUUUGUAAAAACGCACCUUGUUCUAUGUGCAGCGUUGCUUUUUUAUGGGUUUCUCCAAAAAUUCCCCACAGACAAGGUUUUCGCCCUCAUUAGUGUCAGCCCCGGGACUAUAACAAAUGGCGAAUUGGUUUUGUGAAUGAAUUGCCAGGUUAAUGGAGACUGGUUCUCCACUUUUUACUGGCCAUGCAUUCUAGGUACUCGUGUGACUUCUUACUGUUAUGGUUUUUAACCAUUUUGAGUACCUGGGCAGGAGCAGUUUAGCUUUGCUCUACACCAACAUUGCCACUCGGUGGUUUGAGUUUAGAAAACCUUGCAUCAUUUCAUCUUGGUCAUCUCAUUUGUUAGUACUUUUUGCCAAGUAUUUGGAUUCCUAUCUAUUCUUUGUCUGGGGAUCUGCAAGCCAAUGCAGCUUCUGACCUUGAAUUGUGGAGGGAUACAAGUGACUUGAAGCCUGUGCAUGCUUAUGUGGGCAAUUAAGCAGAAUGAUCUAGGCCUGUCCUGGCACAAAUUGUUACACUGGGAACCAUUUCUGAUUGUGAGUAAACAAUAAACUGUAACACAGUCUGGAUCUUGCCUCAUUUUUGUUGCAUCAAGCAGAAUCCAUUCCUUUUCAUCUUGUCACUAAUAGGGAAGCCCUGUGACAUUGUGCAUGUGACUACUAUGCUUUAUUUGACAGUGCUGUGUCCUAAUCUGCGCUCCCUUGUGAAUUAGCGUCAUCACAAACUUUUUUUUUUAACCAUGAAUAGGUAGCAUCUUCUAUAACAUGGAGUUAGACAAAUCUGAACUGGAGUAAAGCUACACCUUUUUGGCAAAUGUGUUUUUAGGCGUUCUGCUUGUUUUCACCUGGCCUAAAAAAAAAUCACAUUUGGAGCUCUGAAAUGACUUGCAAGCUGUAAAUCCCAAUGUCUUCAAAUUUUUUACUUUUUUGUAUCCUUUUUGGAUAUAUUGCAGCAACGUUCCUUUAUGUAUUUAUAAACACUUUUUUUGUAGUGUUGAAGAAAAAUCUGCUUGGUUAAAUAUAAAGGUUGUUGGAGCAUUUGUUUUUUUAAAGUAUUUUGAGUGGAAGCUUCAUUUAAGAAGCUUCCUCUGAACAGUAGGUUGCUUCUGUAGGAUAAGUAGUAAAUGUCAAGUUUCUGGUGCUGCAUUUUGAGGACCAAUAAUUAAUAGUUAAUAUCUGAACAAAUACAUGCCCCUCAAGUCUAUCUGGUAUUCCAGGAAUAUUGAAUACCUUAACAUACUGCUGAUUUGAGGAGGAGACUAAUUCAUUGUAUUGCUAGGUUGGGGGAGGGAGGGAAAUGAUUGUCUCUCUAAAAUCUUUAGACUUUGAUCCAUUGAAAUGUACUUAAAAUAUCUGUACCACAGACCUAACGCUUCAAUAAAAAAAUAUGCGUAAAUCUUUCUGUUCUCAUUUAUUUACA